AUGAAGCGCAAAGCAGCGGAUCCAGGGCUUUCUAGCCCAUUCAAAAAGCAGCAUGCCGAUGCAUUGGUCUCGGAUUAUCCCCAGCUGCCCAUCCCCACCUUCCAGGACCAUCAUCCUUCCUACUACCAAGACCACGAGUCCUCCAAUCUCGGAGACCUCAAUGUGACCCCAGUCGCUACUCCAACGCUGACACCCGAUACCGCGUUGACUACUAUCUCUUCUGCUUCUCGCAAGUUUCCCUCCGACGAGAAGACCAUCCAAUGUACCUUUCCCAACUGCGACAAGACAUUUAAUCGUCCAGCUCGAUUGGCUGCUCAUCUCAGAUCCCACACGAAUGAUCGCCCCUUCAAGUGUACGUUCGCCGACUGUGACAAGUCGUACAUUGAGGAGAAGCACCUGAAGCAGCACAUCAAGGGCUCGCACACCCACGAGCGCCAGUACACCUGCACCGAGGAGGGUUGCGGCAAGUCUUUCCUGACGGCCACCAGAUUGAGGCGCCAUGCUGCCGUCCACGCCGGCGCAAACCGAUUCCGCUGCACGGGCUACGAGGGCUGCGACCAGUCUUUCCGAAAGCAUCAGACUCUUCAGCGCCACAUCCGAACAGACCAUCUAGGCCAGAAGGCAUUUCCUUGCGCGGUAGAUGACUGUGGUGCGGGAUUCGACACCAGCGGCGCAUUGAGAAGACACACCGAACGCGAACAUGGCGAGCUCCGCUUCUGGUGCGAUGAGUGCACCAAGGUCGGCGAAGAAGAGGAGGACGGCGAGUAUCAACCUGCUGUCGGCUUUACUACCCAGGCUCAGCUGGAGUAUCACAUCCGCCACGAGCACAACGACUGCCCGUUCUGCAACAAGCGCUUUAGCAAAGUGUCUCAGCUGGAGCAGCACAUGGAGAUGUUUCACUCCGGGCUGACAGUCGAGGACCGCAAGACAGUCGAGUGCAUGGCGGAGGACUGCGACAAGAAGUUCACGCGCAAGUCCAACAUGCUAAUGCACUACCGGACUGCGCACGAGGGUCUCCGCUUCGUGUGUGGCCAGCUGGACACCUGGACAAGCCCCGGCCUCGAGAACUGGAAUUGGACAGAGGAGGGCUGCGGCGACGGCUUCAGCAGCAAGAAGUCGCUCGAGAUUCACAUCCACCACGUACACCUGGGCAAGCCGCGGCCCGAGCGCCAUGGCAAGGAUGAUGAGGAGCCCGCCGUGGCAUUGAACUUCAUCGACGAAAUCUCCGGCGUGGUGGAUGACGUGCGCCGCAAUGUCUUCUGCGCAGUUGACGGCUGCCCUGCUCGCUUCACUCGCCAAUACGAUCUCGCCCUUCACAUGCAGCUGGAGCAUCCACAACCCGAGCCUAAUGCUAGUGUCGCACUCGCGAGUGAUGCCUUCACCCAAGCCAUAGGAGGCCAGGUGGGCUACGCCGACGAGUACAACAUGCUGGGCGAGCCGGGCCAGACUCCAAUCUACGCCGACCAGUUCUGGAUCGGAGCGGACGGAGGUGCUGACCCUGCCGGAUUCUACACGAACGACGAGUGGGCACGCGAGGAGGAGGAGAUGCGGAAGCUCAUUGACGCUCAGCCAGAGGCUGAAUUUGAUCCCAACCUCUUUGUCAACGGCUACUCGUCUUGA